CCGAGACGAGGAGGAGGCCUGGCGAGAGCGGCCCGGCACGCGGGGGCGGGAAGGGGGCGGUGCCCCUGGGCGGAGCUACGGGAGCGGCGCGGGUUCUCAGGGACGCAAGAUGACUUCUCUGCUCCAAGAUUGGAACAGCUGAAGGAAACCAAAGGACAAGAUGAGAACAACAAAGGUCUACAAACUGGUCAUCCACAAGAAGGGCUUUGGGGGCAGUGAUGAUGAGCUAGUUGUGAACCCCAAAGUGUUUCCUCACAUCAAGCUUGGAGACAUUGUGGAGAUUGCUCACCCCAACGAUGAAUAUAGCCCUUUGCUUUUGCAAGUCAAGUCACUUAAGGAGGAUUUACAAAAAGAAACUAUCAGUGUGGACCAGACUGUGACUCAAGUGUUCCGGCUAAGACCUUAUCAAGAUGUAUACGUGAAUGUUGUAGACCCUAAAGAUGUGACCCUUGACCUAGUGGAAUUAACUUUUAAGGAUCAGUACAUUGGCCGAGGGGAUAUGUGGCGACUAAAGAAAAGUUUGGUCAGCACAUGUGCCUAUAUCACCCAGAAGGUGGAAUUUGCUGGCAUCAGGGCACAAGCUGGUGAGCUGUGGGUCAAGAAUGAGAAGGUCAUGUGUGGUUAUAUCAGUGAAGAUACCAGGGUGGUGUUCCGUUCUACGUCAGCUAUGGUUUACAUAUUUAUUCAGAUGAGCUGUGAAAUGUGGGAUUUUGAUAUUUAUGGGGAUCUGUAUUUUGAGAAAGCUGUGAAUGGUUUCCUUGCUGAUCUAUUUACCAAGUGGAAGGAGAAGAAUUGUAGUCAUGAAGUGACAGUGGUUCUGUUUUCUAGAACUUUCUAUGAUGCAAAAUCUAUUGAUGAAUUUCCUGAAAUAAAUCAAGCCUCAAUUCGACAGGAUCACAAAGGGCGAUUCUAUGAAGACUUUUACAAAGUGGUUGUGCAGAAUGAGAGAAGAGAAGAAUGGACUUCACUUCUAGUGACCAUUAAAAAGCUCUUCAUCCAGUAUCCAGUUUUGGUGCGACUGGAACAGGCAGAGGGCUUUCCUCAAGGAGAUAAUUCUACCUCAGCACAAGGAAACUACCUAGAGGCCAUCAAUCUGUCAUUCAAUGUGUUUGACAAGCACUAUAUCAACCGCAACUUUGACCGGACUGGGCAGAUGUCUGUGGUGAUCACGCCUGGGGUGGGUGUCUUUGAAGUGGACCGCCUACUCAUGAUUUUGACCAAACAACGGAUGAUAGAUAAUGGAAUUGGUGUAGACUUGGUGUGCAUGGGAGAGCAACCAUUACAUGCUGUCCCAUUGUUCAAGCUACACAAUCGGAGUGCUCCUCGAGAUUCUCGGCUGGGUGAUGACUAUAAUAUUCCUCAUUGGAUAAACCACAGUUUCUACACAUCCAAAAGCCAGCUUUUUUGUAACAGUUUCACCCCACGAAUUAAACUGGCCGGAAAGAAGCCUGCCUCUGAAAAAGCAAAAAAUGGACGUGAUACAUCUCUUGGGACUCCAAAAGAAUCUGAGAAUGCCCUUCCAAUCCAAGUAGAUUAUGAUGCCUACGAUGCUCAAGUGUUCAGGCUGCCUGGCCCAUCCCGGGCUCAGCGCCUCGCCACCUGCAGGUCUGUGCGGGAGCGGGAGAAUCACAAUCGCAAGAGUGCCAGCUCUUGUGAUGUCUCAUCCAGUCCUUCCCUUCCGAACCGUGCACUACCCACUGAGGAAGUAAGAAGCCAGGCUUCUGACGACAGCUCCCUGGGCAAAAGUGCCAACAUCCUGAUGAUCCCACACCCCCACCUGCACCAGUAUGAAGUCAGCAGCUCCUUGGGCUACACCAGCACUCGAGAUGUCCUGGAGAACAUGAUGGAGCCACCACAGCGAGACUCCAGUGCACCAGGGAGGUUCCAUGUAGGCAGUGCAGAGUCCAUGCUACAUGUUCGACCUGGUGGAUACACACCCCAGAGAGCACUGAUUAACCCCUUUGCCCCCUCACGGAUGCCUAUGAAGCUCACGUCCAAUAGAAGACGUUGGAUGCACACUUUUCCUGUGGGACCAUCUGGAGAGGCGAUUCAGAUCCAUCAUCAGACCCGGCAGAAUAUGGCGGAGCUGCAGGGCAGUGGGCAGAGGGAUCCAACUCACUCCUCUGCAGAGCUGUUGGAGUUAGCAUAUCAUGAAGCAGCUGGAAGACACAGCACUUCCCGCCAGCCUGGUGACGGCUUGUCCUUCUUGAACUUCAGUGGAACAGAAGAACUUUCUGUCAGCCUGCUUAGCAACAGUGGUGCAGGUACGAAUCCUAGGAUUCAAAAUAAGGAUUCUCUAGAGGACAAUGUUUCUACCUCUCCAGACCCAAUGCCAGGCUUCUGUUGCACAGUUGGAGUGGACUGGAAGUCUCUCACUACUCCGGCAUGCCUCCCCCUCACCACCGACUACUUCCCCGACCGCCAGGGCCUGCAGAAUGACUACACGGAAGGCUGCUAUGAUCUCCUGCCGGAAGCAGACAUGGACAGGUUGGUUCAGAAAAAGCAAUUGCCUGUUGUAGGAAUGAACCUCAGCCAGUUGGAGGAAGUCUUAUUAUUUUUCCUAUUAGGCCUUGUGUCCCGAAAUCGCCCUGAGGAGGAGGACCAGUAUUGGUUGAGUAUGGGCAGAACUUUCCACAAAGUGACACUGAAGGACAAGAUGAUCACAGUAACUCGAUACCUUCCCAAUCUUCCUUUUGAGCUUGUGUCUGAAAUGAAGCCAUGCGCUGUAUCAUCAGAUGACAGCACACCAGUGGAAAGGUGGAACCUUGCAUACCAAUCAGAGAGAGAUCACUUGGAGCACUUUAAGUAUCUAAUUUUUCUUACCACUACUUUGUGUUUUCCUUGAUCCUGUAGCUUAAUUGAAUCUCUGAAGUUCUGGAGGACCCGCUUCCUGCUUUUGCCGGCCUGUGUCACUGCCACCAAGCGCAUCACAGAGGGGGAGGUCCACUGCGACAUCUAUGGGGAUAGACCUCGUGCUGAUGAGGAUGAGUGGCAGCUCCUGGAUGGCUUUAUCCGUUUUGUGGAGGGUUUGAACCGGAUCCGCAGGCGGCAUCGCUCAGAUCGCAUGAUGCGGAAAGGAACUGCCAUGAAAGGCUUGCAGAUGACUGGGCCCAUUUCCACACACUCCCUUGAGUCUACAGGUCCCACUGCUGGGAAGAAAACCUCAGCUCUGUCUGCCCUGCUAGAGAUGGAGGCCAGUCAGAAGUGUCUGGGAGAACAGCAGGCAGCUCUGCACAGUGGAAAAAGCUCUACCCAAUCAGCUGAGAGCAGCAGUGUUGCAAUGACUCCCACCUAUGUGGACAGCCCACGAAAGGAUGGGGCCUUCUUUAUGGAGUUUGUCCGCAGUCCACGCACAGCAUCAUCUACCUUCUACCCUCAGGUAUCUCUGGAACAAACUGUCAUUCCGGUGUUGGAUAACACCAGUUUGGGGGUAAGCACAGGUCAAUCUGUGGACAGAGGCAACAGCCAGACCUUUGGGAACGCUCAGAACAUAGGAGAACAGGCCUUUCCAUCUGCAAACUCUAGUGACAGCAGUUCUCAGCAGCAGGCAGCAAGCUCCUUGACAUCAUCUUCUACCCUGGCAGAGAUCCUGGAAGCCAUGAAGCAUCCCUCGACAGGAGUUCAGUUGCUCUCUGAACAGAAGGGCCUCUCGCCAUGCUGCUUUAUCAGUGCUGAGGUGGUGCACUGGCUGAUGAACAAUGUGGAUGGGGUCCAUACGCAGGCAAUGGCCAUUGACAUCAUGCAGAAAAUGCUGGAAGAACAGCUCAUCAUGCAUGCAUCUGGUGAAGCCUGGCGGACCUUCAUCUACGGUUUCUAUUUCUACAAGAUAGUAAUGGACAAAGAGCCCGACCGAGUGGCCAUGCAGCAACCCACUGCCACCUGGCACACUGUAGGCGUGGAUGACUUUGCUAGUUUCCAGCGCAAGUGGUUUGAGGUUGCCUUUGUGGCAGAAGAGCUCUUGCACUCUGAGAUUCCUGCCUUUCUCCUACCCUGGCUGCCCAGCCGGCCAGCCUCCUAUGCUAGCAGGCAUAGCUCCUUUAGCCGCAGUUUUGGAGGACGGAGCCAGGCAGCUGCACUUUUAGCUGCCACUGUCCCAGAGCAGAGGACUGUGACCCUGGAUGUUGACGUGAACAACCGUACAGACCGGCUGGAGUGGUGCAGCUGUUACUACCAUGGUAACUUCUCCUUGAAUGCAGCCUUUGAGAUCAAGCUACACUGGAUGGCAGUGACUGCUGCUGUGCUAUUUGAGAUGGUCCAAGGUUGGCAUCGAAAAGCUACCUCCUGUGGCUUUUUGUUGGUACCGGUAUUGGAGGGUCCUUUUGCACUUCCCAGCUACUUGUAUGGCGAUCCCCUGCGAGCCCAGCUCUUCAUCCCGCUCAAUAUCAGCUGCUUACUCAAGGAGGGCAGUGAACACCUGUUUGAUAGCUUUGAACCAGAAACAUAUUGGGAUCGAAUGCAUCUUUUUCAGGAAGCCAUUGCACACAGGUUUGGAUUUGUACAAGAUAAAUAUUCUGCCUCUGCGUUUAACUUCCCUGCUGAGAACAAGCCUCAGUAUAUCCAUGUUACAGGAACAGUGUUUCUGCAGCUGCCCUACUCCAAGCGCAAGUUCUCAGGGCAGCAGAGGAGGCGGCGGAACUCCACCAGCUCCACCAACCAAAACAUGUUCUGUGAGGAACGGGUUGGCUAUAACUGGGCCUACAACACCAUGCUUACCAAGACAUGGCGCUCUAGUGCCACAGGGGAUGAGAAGUUUGCAGAUAGGCUGCUGAAAGACUUCACAGAUUUCUGCAUCAACCGUGACAACCGACUGGUUAUGUUCUGGACGAGUUGCCUAGAGAAGAUGCAUGCCAGUGCCCCAUGAAGCCAGGCCAUACAGGGCUCAGAAGGCUGUGCACAUGUUGGGGGCCAAGCGUUCAGGUCAGGCUCUGGGUGUCAGGUGUCAGUUUGCCUCUGCUGGUGUGUAGGGGCCCUAACUUUUUUGGGCUCCCACAAGUAUUCUAGAGGAGAAAGAGUUGGGCAGUAGCUGUUUGCUGCCACCACCACCCAGCUCCCAUCAAUAAGUGCCCAAAGCAGGUGGGAGGCACAGAUUGUCCAUGAGAGGGCUUUAGUAUUUGGCAAAGGGGGCAAACAGUCCCUAUGAAUGUCUUUGGAGAAGGGAUGCUCCUGUUAGUAUCAUUUUCCUCCACCAUCCAUGGACAAUUGGAACAGAAUCUGCUGCUUCCUGCCUAGGAGUAUGCACUGAGUGUAAGAGAAUUCUGUGAAAUAAUGUACCAUAGACUCAAGCCAACUGUAUAUACCUGUACAUACCCGAAGGAAAUAAAGCUCCACGUGCAGCAUCUCUAUUGCCAGCUUCAUUCCUGGCAGCAACAACCCCACAUGGAGUGGGAAGUCGUGCCUGGUCUAUGCAGUAACCACAGAUGAUGAAGACUUCAGAAUGUACUGCCUCAGAGAGGGGCUGUGGGUUAACUAAAAGAUUUGUUUUCAUAGGCCCUUGGGCAGAAGUAAGUUGCUUCUGAUCAAGACUAGUGAGCAGAUAGUACCAUGCAAUAGGUAACUAACUGUACACUUUUGCUAUUGAAGAUGGAUCUUGCUGAGUAUGCCCCAUUCUGGCAUGCAGACAUCAUGGCAUUCUGAAAAAAAUGUCUAAAUGCCUCUAUUUAAUUCAACUUCAGUUUGAGUCCUACUAUUUAACAGGACAUGACUCAGCAUCGUGCCUCAAAUGAUGGGCUGGGGGCUGCCGUGUGGGGUUUGGGAGUCUCAAAGGUGAGAGGGACUAUAGUAGCCACUUCUUCCUCUUUCAUCUCUCCACCUGGAGUUAAUCACAUACCCUGUUUAUUUACCUCCUCGAUUCUACAAAUCCAUCCAUUUCUUCCCAGGCCUUUGAAAUCCAGGCCUCCUUUGCCUUUAUCUUACAUUCCUAGGAAAACUUAACUUGCCUCUGCUUUUGCUUCUGGCCAUUUUUUACUAGGAAGUAGGGGGCAUAGUUUUAAAAAACCACUCCAAUUUUGUCUGCCACUUAUUUUAGAAUUCUUUGAUGACUUGAACUUCAAAAACCAUAGAUUCAGUCUAUGGAUGUAGCUCAGUGGUAAAGUGCUUGCUUGCCUAGCAUGUUCUAGGCCUUGGGUUUGAUCCCUAGCACUGCCCAAAACAAGAAUUUGGCCUGCCCAACCUGCUCUCUGGGCUAUUUCUAGAGCCACCCUUCCAUUAUUCAGUUCCUAGAACUUAGACUUGACCAACUCAGAACCUUUGCACACAAGAUCCAUCUGAACUUUUUGCAACUCCUAAGGCGUAUUUGAGAGAACGGUUUUGUUAAUACAUGUGAAGAUGUGGUGGUUAAUUCCUGACCUGGAGCCUUUUUCCCCCUUUCCUUCCCUUGGACAAACCAUUGCUCCUAAGUAUCAGUCUUUUCAUCUAUAAAAUAAGAAGCUAUAUCUUGGGGUAGUUGGAGGAGCCAAAGACAGAUAGAUAUGAAAGGAUUUACUAAUGAGAGAUAGUAACAGUGAUUUGCUCUCUGGUGGCUCUUCUCACAUUUCUGGAUAGGAGUCUUCUUCAUGCUCUCAAGCCAGCUUCCUGAGUGAUAAGUGCUGGCACAGCUGUUGGUGCUCUGUUCACACCAUAUAGAAUGACCACUGGUGUUCCUCAGUGUCGAAUGUAUGAGGCUAUCAUUUGCCCCUACUUUCUGCCACUCUUCCAGAGAUGAUGCAGGAGAACAGGGACAGAGAGUGAUCUGGCAGAAGAAUGGGCAGCUGGUGAGUUAGGAUACUGUGUCAUUUUUCUGUCAGAGCUGGACCCCAAAUACACCAACCCAUGAGCCCCAGCUUCCUCUUUUUUUUGGUAUCAAGGGUUGAAUUCAGGGGUAUUUAACCACUGAGCCAUAUCCCUGGCCCUUUUUAUUUUGAGGCAGGGUUCUUGCUAAGUUGCUUAGGGCCUUGCUAAGUUGUUGAGGAUGGCUUUGAAGUUGCGAUUCUUAUGCCUUAUUCUCGCAAACUGCUGGGAUUACAAGUGUGUACCACACGCACCUGGCCUCUACAUUUCGAUUUUUGAUGGGUAUUUCCUCCCACCCACUUCUGCUAGCCAGAAUCUUGAAUCUUAAUUCAGUGUCUUCUUCUUCCAUCAUCAUUCAGUUUUCCCACCUAUCCAUCCAAACUUUUUCUCUGACCUGCCCACCUCCUUUCAUCCCUGCUGCCCAGGUGCAGAGAAUGGAUGAUUUGGUUAAACAUUGAUAUGGUUUGAAUGUAUCCCCUGCCUCCAAAUUUCAUUUGUAGUAUCAUUAAAAUUUGGGUGGUAGGGCUUUUGGAAUGUACUAAGGAUUAGUGAGAUCAUGAGGGUAGGGCCCCAAGGAUGGCAUUGGUGACUUUAUAGAGGUGGAAGUGAGACCCCAGCUAGCAUGUUAUCUCUGUCUUGUCAUGUGAUGAGGCUCUUUGUUCUGUUGUGAUGUAGCAAGAAGGUUAGUAUAAUGUUCUUAGAUCUUAGUGUCCAGAACCAGGAGCCAAAUAAACUUUUAUUCUUUAUAAAUUACCUAAAUUUGAGUAUUUUGUUUUGGCAACAGAAAACAAACUAAGAUAUUUGGCAGAUGUGUGCAUUCAGACCAGGUGUAUAGAUGUGGAUAACCAUGCCUUGGUAUAGAUGAAAAAGUAUCGAAUUUGGCAAGAGGACCUGGGUUUGAAUUUCAACCUUGCCAUUUGUUAGCUGCAAAAAUUUGGGAUGGUCUGUCUCCUGAGCCUAUUUCUUAAUUUCUUCCCUUUCUUCUCAACCCCUGUACACAUACACCCACACACACACACACUCACACCCCUCCUAUUGUUGCUCUUUUAUGCAGUGACAUUGUACUUAUCUGCUGACCAUUUCAGCUCACUUGGCUGGGUAUUUCCUGAAAACAGGUACCAGACCACCAGUCUCUGUGUAUCUCCCUUGCACUAUAAAUUCUGGCGUAUACAUUUAAUAAUACUUGCCAUUAAUUUCUAUUUCCUAUUUCCAUUUCUGCUUAGACAUGAAAAGCAUCUAGUCAAACCCUGGGAUGGGUUCUGCAAAACUUAUCUGUUAUGUGUUCAUGGUUCCCUUGGUAGCUGGUACCCUUGUGUGAACUCCUUAGAUGAGAGGGCAUUACAGGGCAGGGCCCCUCUUAGGUGAUUGGGUCAAUCUGUGGCACUUUGUGAAGCUGGAUCAAAGGCCCCUCUGCUUGUUCCACUCAUGAAUCUGCUCAAGCUGUAAUACUGGCAAAUCCUACCACUGCAGGACUGGCUGCGUACUUUGCCAUAGGCUGCUAUGGUUUGAAUUGGUCCUAGAGUUCAUGUAUUUGAAACAAUUCUCAAUGCAGCAGGGCUGAGAAAUGGGAUGCUUCAGAAGCCAUUUGCUCAUAAAGACUCUACAGUCAUGGGGUUGGGGUUGUAGCUCAAUGGUAGAGCGCUUGCCUCGCCUGCAUGAGGCCCUGGGUUCAAUUCUCAGCACCACAUAAAAAUAUAUUGUGUCCACUAAACAAAGAGAAAAACAAACAACUCUACAGUUACUACUGUUACUAUGGGAGUGGCUUGUUUAUUGCUAGAAUUGGGAUUCUUAAGGUGAAUUCAGCCCUCUCUUGUCCUCUUGCUUUGUGCCACAAGAUGACACAGGAGAGAGGGCCUCACUAGAUACUAGUACCUUCACAUUGAUCUUUUUGAUUCUUGAACUAAUAAAUGUAUCUUCUUUAUAAAUUA